UUGCUUAAAUCGUUGUACAAUUAAUUAAUUAGACGGAGUAGUAGAUAGUAUUGAGGUGAUGAAGAUGGUAAAAGAGGAAAAUAAAAGGCAUAUUCCAAUUCCAAGUCCAACCGCCUGAAUAAUACAAAGUUUAAACCGAAAAAACACUUGACCAUCCAUCCAUUCACGAAUCACCGGUUGUAUCUGUUUCUGUUUCCAGAGUGAGAUGAUCCGCUCUGUUUGUCUCUCUAAUUUUCCCGUUUAUUGAAUCAUCGUCAUCAACCGGAACCCGAUGAUGCAACUGCCUGUCUACUUCACUCCGGUCAGAUCAAAUUCUUAAUUUUAUUCCGCCAAAUUUGGGAUCACAUGCAUCCUUUCUGCUGCGUUUCUCCAAUCUCUAAUCGCGACCAACCCUCUGCCUUCCCUCCAAUGCCGUCCCACUCUCUCUCCUCCGCCGACGCCCCCCAUAUUAACGGCUGCGAUGAUGCGGUGAUCAGGAGGAGAGAGAACACCACCGCCGCCGCCGCCGCCGCCACCACCACCUCCGCCACCGCCAUCGGCAACGCUACUAAUCAAAUUCACAAUAACAACAGCAGUAUUCUAAAUCACCAGCAACUGUCGACGGUGGAUCAGAGAGAAGUGAAGAUAAACGAUAUAGUCGGAAAUGGAAUAUGUGGGAUAUUGUAUAAAUGGGUCAAUUAUGGAAAAGGAUGGAGACCCAGGUGGUUUGUGCUACAAGAUGGUGUUCUUUCUUAUUAUAAAAUUCAUGGACCUCAUAAAAUUACCCUUACUUUGGAGUCUGAGAAGGGUUUCAAGGUCAUCGGCGAUGAGUCUAUGCGCAGAAUUCGCCGUUCCGGUAACAAUCCUUCCUCCAACCCGCUCCGCCGUAAGCCCUUCGGUGAGGUUCACCUCAAGGUUUCAUCAAUCCGCGAAAGCAGAUCAGAUGACAAGAGAUUUUCCAUUUAUACUGGUACAAAGAGACUGCAUUUAAGAGCUGAAACUCGUGAGGAUCGAAUGACUUGGGUGGAUGCCCUGCAAGCUGUCAAGGAUAUGUUUCCUCGGAUGUCCAAUAGUGAGCUGAUGGCCCCCAUUGACAAUGUUGCCCUUUCCACUGAAAAGCUGAGGCAAAGGCUCCAACAAGAGGGUGUCAGUGAAGCAGUCAUACAGGACAGUGAGCAAAUUAUGAGGGCUGAGUUUGCAGGGAUGCAGAAUCAACUUGUAUUGCUCAAGCAGAAGCAGUGGAUGCUUAUUGAUACGUUGCGUCAUUUAGAGACUGAAAAGGUGGACUUGGAGAACACAGUUGUUGACGAGAGUCAGAAGCAGUCAAAAGAGCAAGGGGCGACCUCCAGAACAAAACAAGAUAAAUCUAGUGAAGCAACUCCAAGUGAUUCUGAUGAUGAUAAUGAUAGGGCUGAUGCUGCAGAGGAAGACACAGAUGAAGAUGAAAACGCCUUUUUUGACACAAGGGACUUUUUAUCAUCAAGUUCUUUCAAAAGCAGUGCAUCUGAUUUGAGAAUAUCAUCUUUUUCCUCGGAUGAUGAUGAUUUUCAUGCUGCUGAAUCUGAGGAGGAUGUUGAUCCUUCUAUCAAAGAUGCAGUAGCUAACUUUCCUUAUGUCAAACGACGUAAGAAAUUUCCUGAUCCUAAGGAGAAAGAGAAAGGAGUUAGUCUUUGGUCUAUGAUAAAAGAUAAUAUUGGAAAAGACCUUACAAAAGUUUGUCUUCCUGUUUAUUUUAAUGAACCAAUCUCUUCUCUUCAAAAAUGCUUCGAAGAAUUGGAGUAUUCGUAUCUCCUUGACAGGGCAAACGCAUGGGGAAAGCAGGGAAAUAGCCUUAUGAGAAUCCUCAAUGUAGCUGCGUUUGCUGUUUCUGGAUAUGCUUCUACCGAGGGACGAAUCUGUAAGCCAUUUAAUCCAUUGUUGGGAGAAACUUAUGAAGCUGAUUUUCCUGAUAAAGGACUCCGAUUUUUCUCAGAAAAGGUAAGUCAUCAUCCUAUGAUAGUUGCCUGUCAUUGUGAUGGAACUGGAUGGAGAUUAUGGGGUGACAGCAAUUUGAAAAGUAAAUUUUGGGGCCGCUCUAUACAACUUGAUCCUGUUGGAAUUCUGACCUUAGAGUUUGAUGAUGGAGAAGUUUUUCAAUGGAGUAAGGUAACCACAUCCAUAUACAACCUUAUAUUAGGAAAGCUAUAUUGCGAACACUACGGUACGAUGCGUAUACAGGGAAAUCGGGAGUAUUCCUGCAAGUUGAAGUUCAAGGAGCAGUCUAUUAUUGACCGAACUCCUCGACAGGUACAAGGUAUAGUGCAAGACAGAAAUGGGAAAACAGUUGCUACAUUGUUUGGGAAGUGGGAUGAAAGCAUGCAUUAUGUAAAUGGUGACUGCUUAGGUAAAGGAAAGGGAGAUGCUGUCUCAGAAGCCCGGUUAUUGUGGAGGCGAAGCAAGCCUCCCAGAUACCCAACCAGAUAUAAUCUAACUCGCUUUGCGAUGACAUUGAAUGAGCUUACUCCUGGAUUGAAGGAGAAGCUGCCCCCUACUGAUUCUAGGCUAAGGCCCGACCAGAGGUACCUGGAAAACGGGGAGUAUGAGAAGGCAAAUGCAGAGAAGUUGCGGCUAGAGCAAAGGCAGCGGCAGGCUCGAAAAAUGCAAGAAAGGGGCUGGAAGCCACGGUGGUUUGCCAAGGAUAAAGAAACUGACACAUAUCAAUUAGUCGGAGGGUAUUGGGAGGCCAGGGAACAGGGCAACUGGGAAUCAUGUCCUGAUAUUUUUGGCCAAAUUUCUCCUGAGUUAUUGGACUGAUUACACGCAUCUGAAGUCACCUAUUUGGUUAGCCCAAAAGGCCAAAAAAAACACACAUUUUUCAUGCGUCUAUAAUUCUUUUACCAUCAUAUAUGGGUAGGCUAGUGAUGCAUUGAUAGAAUUGAGUCGUUUAUAUAUGUGAAUUACAUAUUGUAAAGUAUACUAGAUGAUAGGUAAAUCAUAAAAGAAUCUCUAUUUUUCAAUUCUUUUUGCCAUGGCAUAUAGGCUCCUGAUCCCAUGCUUAUUCUGAGCUUUUAAGCAAGUGUGUAGAAAUCGCUCGUGAUAUACAGAGAAACAUAUAGGCUCCUGAUCCCAUGCUUAUUCUGAGCUUUUAAGCAAGUGUGUAGAAAUCGCUCGUGAUAUACAGAGAAACUAGUAUCAUAGGCAUGUCCAAACAUGAUAUUUGUGGCAAAGUGUUUUAUUUGUAUCUCAUUGGCAAAGCUAAAGUGAGCACUUAAUGUUAAGCAUAUGAAAUUUUUUACAGAAGGUAAUGGGAUAUCUGGAUUCCAAACA